AUGGAGAAUUCAUUUUAUCCUCUGUCUGCGGAUCAGCUGCAAAGCUUCCAGGAAGGCGGCUAUCUGCUCAUCCGUGGCUUUUUCUCCUCGGACGAGUCAAAGGUACUUCAGCAGUGGGCGCAGGAAGUUCAAGAUUUACCUCGCACCGCCGAUGUCCCAUGGAUGCCUUAUGAGGAGGUUAAUGGGAAAGGAGAGCGUGUCCUGUGCCGCACGGAGAACUUCGCCAACUCCCAUGCGGGCUUCGACAGUUUUCUGCGUGGUGAACGCGCGACCAGCGUACUGGAUCAGCUUGCUGGAGAGAAAAUGCUUCUCUUUAAAGAGAAGAUUAACUACAAGCUCUCCGGAAGUGGCGGUUUCGAUCCCCAUAUUGAUGCCAAUGCAUACACCCACGUCAAAAAUAUCAAACACCUCACCAUUCUCGCCGCUGUCGACGAAAUGAUCUCCGCAAAUGGUGGCCUUGAAGUUGUCGGUGGGAGCCACCGUAUGGAGGUUCCUCUGGGCGCCGAUCGUUGCAUUGAGCCCGCCUGGGUGGAAAGUCACCCUUGGACCUCAUGCGACCUACACCCCGGCGAUAUUCUUGUGUUCGGCUCCUAUCUGGCCCACCGCAGUGGUGCCAAUACCAGCUCGAAAGACCGACGCGCUAUCUAUGCCACCUACAACUGCGCGACAGAAGGAAAUUUGCAUGAUCAGUACUAUGCUGAUCGCCAAAAGCUUUGGCCCGCCACUCACAUGCGUAAGGAGGGUGUUGACUACGAACAGGGCCGAGUGCGCUACGCAUUUGGCUCCCCGAUGUUGACAGUUGACUCUAAGCUCGACGCUGCGGCAUAG